AUGAGUGGGACACAUUUUGCAAUCAGUUACAAUAUCCUGAGAUUUCUGCCUGACACUGGUUUCUUUGUUCCUUCAGGAUUUUUUGCCGUCAAAAAGGAAGGUCAUCCAAGCAUGGGAGGCCCAAUGCCAAGAAUGAACCACCCUCGGAUGCCAAUGCAACCAAACGGUUCCUUCUCCCCACAGAACUACGGCGGUGGUAUGAGACCGCCUCCUGGCUCAAUGCCAGGGGGAAUGCCGUUACCCAUGCCCGGAGGAAGACCAUGGAAUCCCAACACAUCAACGAUAAACUAUUCCCGAGCCUCUCCAGGUGGUUUUGUUGGUCCGCCAGGGAGCGGUGGUCCACCUGGUACGCCCAUUAUGCCAAGUCCACAAGGCAAUCCACAAGCUAUGUCCUCCGACAGACGUAUGUCACAGGGUAGCUCAAGAAGAGAUUCAACCAACUCGGGUGACAACAUGUACACAAUGAUGAAACCAGUACCAGGUGGCAACAUGGGACCAGGGAAUUUCCCAAUGGGAUCAGGACCCGACGGCCCAAUGCCCAUGGGAUCACAGGACAUUCCUCCAGUAAUGAAUGGUGAAAUGGACGGUUUGCCUAAGAGUUCGCCAGCAAGCAAUCAGGGCCCCGGCGGGCCAGGAACGCCCAGAGAAGAUAACGGGGAUAUGAGCGGCCAGUUGUUUCCAAACUUCCAAGAUAAUGACCAGAACGAGUCAGCGGCGAUACUUAAGAUUAAAGAAACAAUGCAGGAGGAGGCCAAGAGAUUUGAGAAAGAGACCCCCGGCGAACACCCCGACUACUUUAUGCAUCAACCCUAGCAGCACGCCCACUGACACACCCCAUGCAUACACCCACCCGCAGCUAAGUCCCCCCACGGUCCUCCCCCCUUUCUUGGCAGGGCACCGGCGCUGAGCCGAUGACUGCGAUAUCCUGGUGCUGCGACGAGUUUACCUAAUGUCAGUCACAUGAUAAAUUCUGAUAGAGGGCGCCAAACACUUUGGCUUUAAACUGACUAAAUUCAGAGACCAUUGUGGGUUCUUACAAGGUACUAUCAGGCUAUGCAGAUGAAAUCAUCAUGAUCAAAAUAAGCUGGUGCCUACACGAAUCAUGCAGUAGCCAAUUCCAUUAUGUACCAUGAUGUGGGUUACCAGACUGAUUGGUAUCCUGUUGUAUAGUGGAGCCUUCCAUAAGUAUGGCACCACUGAUCAGUCUAGUACCCUGACACUCUACUUAAACACACUACUAAACUCCUGAUAGUUCUCAGGUUGUCAUGCCAGCCCAUUGGAGGAAUUUGUCAUGUGACUUAAAAAAAAAAAAAGCAGCAGCCAUGUUGAGAACAAUAAAAAGAAUCAGCUAAGACAAAAGACGACGUAUGACCCUCUCGACCUUUGAACUUUGACACCGACUUCCAAGCUGCGUACAACCACAAAAGUAUUCAUCGGAAAGGUGUUGAAACAAGUAUGAAAUACGUAUUGAAUGUCGGUAGAUGAACACUUGAAAAAAAUAUUCAAAAAUCCCACCUGAAAAGUUGUUUCAACAAUAACCCACAUCUAUAAAAUAUUUUCUGUUAAUACGCAAAUCGUUCAUGGGAAUUGACACUAGAUUUCUAUGUGUAUAAUUAUGCUAUUAACAUUUAAUUCUUUUGGAGUUGCCAGACUGAUAUACCCACCAUUGGUAAUGCUGUUGCGUUUCAAUAGUCUUACAAGACUUUAUCCACCAGUAUUCAAAAAAGCUUAAGACAUAAUAAAUUUCUUUUCUCUACAUGUAUGUAACUUUAAGAAAACUAAAUCAAGUUAUUUUGAUGCCAUUUCCAAUUUUUGCCUGUGGGGUCAAGUAUAAAACCUUUGCAGACCUUGAAAUGAAGUGGCCUGAACAUUUUCUAAAAAUACUUAUUCAAAUUAUUCAUCCAACACGUAUUCACAAUGUUACUUCUUCAAGAAGAUGACGUUUAUCAGCAUAGCUGUCCACAAAUACAUAUUCUUUUUUUUUAGUAAUUUGUCUUUUAACAAUACAGUAAACGGGGGACAAUGCUCUGUAAGAUUCGAGUGUCUCAAAACGUCUAAGAAUUAGUUGGACAAGAUGAAUCCAGGGAAAUCGGCAGUAAUGUCAAGUUUCUUUUUCUGUUUUCAACCUUUUUGAUUUACAAUGUAAAGGUAUUUUUUUCCAUGUCACAAAGAUAUCACAAAGAUUCCUACACUUUGCAGCUGUGUUUCAGCAAGACUAAACUAACAAUACCAGACCAGAAGACUGCUUCAAAACCACCUGUACAUACUCAAUACUUUGUAAACACACCACCACACCGCCCCUGUACCCAAACGUGCAUUCCUUCCACUAACAUUAUUUUCAGGCUUUUAAAAAAUCUGAAUCAAUCACACUGAACCCUUGUUUAAUCAUCAACCCCCCCCCCAAAAAAAAAAUAAUCGGCCCUGGAGGCCUAGUUUAUUCCAAGGACAACAAAAAUUUUGAUCAAGAUGCUGGCGACAUCUUGUUAUUGUCUUGUUAAACUUGUAAUGGUUUUCGAUUGUAAGUCCCGCCCUUGAAAUUUGUAAAAAAAACAAGUGGUAUAGCUAUUGCCCUCUUCAAAAUUGCGUCUCUUCAAAAUUAUUACUGCGAAUUUGUCAGAGAAACACAUCUGCAUUGCAAAAAUGUGAUAUUACAAAUUUAGAUAUCCCUUGUUUUUACUUCUUCUUUUUUCUAGAGGCGAGUUAAGACAAGAAGUCGCUCGGGUAUCCCCAUUUAAUUCCGCAAUUUGAACUUGUGUCCAAGAAAUGCAAUAAGUAUUGUAAGAUGCCAUAUUAUUUCUUAGUUGGAAAAAACUUUUGAAAAAUAUCAUGCCAAGGCAGGAACACACAGUGAUGUUUAGAAAGUUGAGGUAUGCAGGUUUGAUGGAGACUUAAAAUAUGCGCAAAAAGAUGUUGACUUCCCACCUUCAGAUAUUUAAAUAGUAUGAGCCAUGAACAAAUGGAUGUACAAUAUCAGAUUAUAAGCAUCAGGUACAUCACAUGCACUUCAGGUAGGAAAUACAAUCAGUAGGGAAGACUGUAAUAUUUAGGUCAAUGGAUUUUAUUUUUUUGCGGCGGGGGGGGGGGGGGAUCAAUGUGGUGUUAAAACAUGAGCUUGCAUUAUAAAGCCAAAAAACAAAAUCCUCAGUUUUGAAGAUUAGUAUCAAGUUCACAUGGACAUGAUUUCAGAGAAAUGUGUUGAUCUUUGUCAAAUAUUCAUUUUCAUCUAGGAAAAAAGAAAGAAAUUUAGUCACUGUGUUGGCCAAGACAUGCAAAGAAUUUUAGACCUUUAUUCAUCAUGGGGGAUUUGUUGUCCCCGUGAGUCAAAUGAUCACCCACGGUCAGUAUUUAGUAUUCAGAGAGAAACUUGAGAGUUGUAAGAAAUAAAGACUAUUAUAAAAGUGAAGAAGGAUCACAACAGGACUUUGCAGCAGACAACAUGGACGGAGUUCCAUCGCGGGGAACAAGUACAAAUUCUUCGGCAUUCCCGUAAACAAUUUUAUACCCCUUUGUAGACAGACAGGACGGGGGAAUGCGUAUGUGUACAAACUUUGUACUAAGUGUUAUUUGUAGAGUAUACGACAAGAGAAAUUAAAAAAAAGAAGUGACGAAAGUUCCUUUAUUUAAUGAUUAUUAUAACGAUAUCACAGUUUGGUGACAUGUUCAUGUAUAUGUUAGAAAAAAAGAUGUGUUGAGUGAGAAAUUGUCCCCGUUUCUUUUUUCUGUUGUAGGAUUUUUCUAGAUUUGUUUGUGGAUUUUUUGUUUAUGUUUUUUUUUUUUUGUGAGCAAAAAAGUGAGAGAUAAUUCGGGAGGGGGCGGGGAAAGGAGAGGAAUGUGAGAAGGGGCGGUUUCGGGUAAUCUAUUCAUGAAUUUAAAAAAAAAAA